CAGGAAAUUCAAGGGAAGACGGCCGGACCGAAACCUCGUCGUCCGGUUCGGGCGAGGGCUUGAAAAAAGAGAGGAUUGAGCUCCGGUGUCGUGAUCGUCUACCUAUACUGGAAGAAGAAGAUGAAUUAGGCGGGUGCAGUUGCAUCGCAAAGGGGAAUUUGGCGGCGGUGGAGGAGACAGGAAAUUCUUGCGAAUCUCGAUCUGUCUCGCGUUCGGCUUCUCCGUUCGCGGCCGUCAGAGCCAUGAUUCGACGGCAUUAGAUGCGACGGCGAGAGGAGGCGGAGAAGGAGGGGAAUCAGGAGAAGGGGAGCUGGUCUCGAUGGACAAAGGGUUUAGUUUCGAGCUGGGGGGAGCUAUUGAGGUCGGCUUAUGUGUUGGGCAAGAGUAGGCUGGGGAUUAUGUACAAAGUGGUCCUCGGGAAUGGGAUUCUGGUGCAGAGCGGUGGCUCGGGGAAGGCGGGGAGCAGAGGUACAAGGAGUUCUGGCGGAGGUUAAUAUCGACAAGGAAGCCUUCACCGAUGAUUUCUUCUGGCAUGCGUUCUUCGAUGGGUUAUAUCUGCGGAUUCUUAUGAGGUGAGGUCAGGAAAGAGUUUAACAAUAGCAAGAAGGAAGAAACAAGGUGAAUUUUUGGGGCUUUCUUCUCCUUUCCCCCAACUGGAUUUUUUCAAGGAGGAAGAGAUUUUUUAAUGAAUAUAAUAAUGAGGUGGAAAAUAUAAAAGUUUAUUUUUUUAUUUUUAAUAUUUUUUUAGUUGCCACGUCAAUAAGUUAACGGUCAACUUUGAGAGUUGACUGUCAUAUCAGUCAAAGUUAACGGAGUUGGACGGAGAGUGACCAAACGUGAACGGUUUCAGUAAACUGAAGUACCACCAAUGGAUUUAAAUAUUUCGAGUGACCAAACUUGAACGUUUUUUGUAAUUUCAGUGACCAACCAUGCAAUUAACCAAUUAUUAUUAUUAAAAAUAAUUAAUUUCGAUAGUUGUGAGAAUCAUUCUAGAAACAAGAAUUGAAAUAAAUCUAAGAAACUAGUAUCGGAUAUAAAUUUCCAUAUAUUCUGGAAUUGCUUUCAAACAGAAUUUCAAAAGAAAUAUGUUCCUGUUUCUAAAAGUUUGUGGCACAUCAUUGAGCAUCAUCUUUAUGUUUAUGUUUGACAACGAGGAGGGUGCAAAUUCGAGGGUUGCAAACUGAUGUGUAAAUUGUAGGAGGGGUAAAUUUAAGAGGGUAUAAAUUGUUGUUUGGGAGAAAAAGUAAGGGGUGUAAAUAAGUAAUAAAAUAUAUAUUUAGAUAUAAAAUAAUUAUAAUUGUUAUAAAAAAUUAACUCAAAAUAAUUAAAAUGACCCCACCACUUACCUCUUUUUCCUUGCCAUUUCCCUUACCCGUUCCCACCACCUUCUAAGGUCUCACCCCCUUCCCUCUCCUUCCAUCUUGCACCCCAAUUUGGGGGAAGCCAAAACAGUGACUUUAACUCCCUUUCUCCACCCCCAUUCUUGUUGCAACGUAUCCAGACGAGGAUAAAUGCCUCGUAGCCCUCAUUUGCACCCUAUAUAUGCACCCGCUCUUCCAAACAGAGUGUAACUUAAGAUGUCUCAGCUUCCUCCAAUUUUUUUUUUUUUUUUUUUUUUUUUUUUUUUUUUGUAGAUGGUAGCAGGAAGGUUUGUGAACGCUUACUCAACAAACGAUUGGAUGCUUGGAAUUGCUUUCCGGGCAAGGUAUCGGACCGUCAGGAAUCUGUUUUUACAAACAAAUGAUGUAGAAAUUUGUUCAUAAAUAAAGCAUAAACGUUUUGCCUGCGUUCAAAUACCAAGCAUGCAAAUGCAUGUGGGCAUCACCAAUUCACCAUUCUAUAUAAGAAGCUAAACACUUACCUUUUCUUGACAGUUUGCUUACACAAGGCUUAGCCGGGAUUCAACCAAUAGACGUCCCAGGAAUCGAGAAUGUUAGAAAUGCUCUUUCCCUUGUUUUCCUUUUUUCCUCCAACUGAUGUGCGAUUAAUCCUAUCCAUCUAUUCCUUGGAAACUAAAACUGCUGCAGGUUGAUGUUACUGAGUACAUUGAAGGCCAUUCGUCGUAUCUCUGGAUUACACAGGAUAUCUUGGAACGCUUGGAAAUGGACACAUAUUUCCCAGUUUUCAGAAACAGCCCCUUGAGUCCCAGUAGGCGCAGCCGUCCCUCCCAAGGACAGGUAUAGAUAGGUUGCUAGGUUAGGACCUGAAAGAGAGAGUACAAGAGGCAGGGUUUUAUGGGGCAGUAGUGGAAUGGAAGCAAGUCCAUUGUCUUGUCGUAGUUUAUUGCUUCGCAAGAUCUUAUGUUUGUAUAUAAGAACGUGAAAGGUUACUGAAAUUUUCGUCCCCCAAUCCCUUUAACGGUAAUUAAUAGAAUUUUGCACG